GCACGCACCGUUAAUUUGUAUGCAAUCGAUAAACUUGCGACAAACAGCUGUUGCUGGCGUUUGUUUAUGUUGCAAAGUCGCGCACUUAGUUUGUGUUAUUGUUUUUCUUCGUUAAAAUGCCGACAAUUAUUGCAUUGGAUGCAUCGCUAUCGAUGCUGCGUCCUGUGCCCGGACGCAAUGAGCACACCUAUCAAUCGCUCGCCCUAAAAGGAAUACAACAUCUGCUGGACAACUUGACAGCAGCCGGAAAAUUGGAGCACUUGGCUUUGGUUGCCUACAGCACAGUUUGCGAGCUAAAAGUGGAUUUUACAAGGGAUUACGAUCAGAUACGACAGGCCAUUAAGAAAAUCGAACCCAUGGACAAGGCUUGUUUGCUGACCAUGCUCAAGACAAGCGUCAGCUUGAUGGCUUCUUGGGGCACCCAGAAUCUGUUGCAACUUGUGGUGUUCACAGAUUGUGGCGCCGGCUUUGGCAGUACCUCAAUUGCUGGCUUCCUGGAGAAUUAUGCCAACAAGUCAGCGGCAGAAACGGAAUUCGCUUGGCUCAAAACAUUGGCGCACUAUCAACUCAAUUUUAUUUGCUUGGGCGUGCAUGGGGAUUUGCAUUUUACACGCGGCGUAGCAUUGCAUCAACAGCUGCUGGACAAUGCCGGGCUCAAAGGGCAACUCUUUAUGCCCAAGCCACUGAAGACGGCCACAGAGAAUGGAGACGCUAACAGCGGUGUUAGCCAUAAAAGCGAAUUGGGACGCACAGCAUUGUUUGAGCUGAUCGAGAGGCUCUGCGAGAGCAGCUACAAGGCCACAGAGGUGACGCUGAAGUGUGGCCAUUACUUUCGUCUGGAGAGUCAGGUGCUGCUCUGGCCACCGCCCAAGCCAUACGAGCAGCCAGCACUUUAUGGUGGCGAAUCGACGAUGCGGCACAUUGAGCAACGCAUCGAUGUCUGCGGCUUCCUGGCAUUGGGGGACAUUGGUUCUCCGGCCACGUUCAGUCGACACUGGGUGCUGGCGAAGGUAGAGCGCGAGAAGCCGCCAGGCAGACGCUCGGGCAGCUUAACAGCAGCUGCCAAGUCACCAAAACUCACUUUAGAUACUGGCAAUAAUCCGAACUUUGAGCUAGAGAAGUUGGAGCAGGAUAUACGCGAGUUUUACACCAAGGAGCCAUCGAAGGAUGCGGCCGAGGAGAGCGGCGACGAUGCUGAUGUGGUGGUUGUGAAACCACAGCAGACGCCGGCACAGCAGGAACAGCAAAAGGAUACUCUGUGUGUACUAUUGCAUGGCGCCUUAAAACUGGAGAGCAUGGCUGCUUUGGUGCUGCUUGGCGAGAAGUGGUUUGGCUUCAUGUAUGCGUAUAACGAUGUCAAAAAGAAAUCCAAUUUCGUGCUGAACAUUCUGCCACCUGGCUCGCAUGUUAUACCCUGGCUAGGGGAUCUAGAGCUACUGGGAUUCCCUGAGGAUUUGGCGCCGGGCGAGACGGCGAGUUUUCCGGUGCGCGCCGAGCGUCGUUCGUAUUCGCAGAGUAGUGUGGUGUGGAUACGACAGGCGAGUCUGCAGUCGGAUGUGCAGAAGGUGCUGCGACAUGCCAAGAAGAUGCCCGACAAGACACAACAUUUCUACAAGGAAUUGAAUCGCAUUCGACGUGCGGCGCUGGCUUUGGGUUUUGUGGAGCUGCUGGAGGCGUUGGCGCUGCUGCUGGAGAAGGAGUGUGCGCAGUUGACGUUGAAUGGCAGCGUGAGCAGCGAGUGCACGUUGCAGCUACAACAUGCAGCCACCGAGCUGCGCAAGACAUCGAAUCGUGACAUCAAGUCAACGAUUGUGCCGCUCCAGAAAGCAGCAACAGCAGCGGCAGCGGAGGGCAGCACAGCGACGGCGGCGACGCCAGCAGCAGCAGCUCCAGCGGGGUAUCUCUACAACUGAUUAAUUAUUAUACAUACCAUAAAUAUUUUUAAAAU